CAUUUUUAGUUUCAUUUUCAUUUUUUAUCUAUUAAGUAUACAAAAAAAAAAAAAGAGGACAUCUCAAAUGGAGCUUUACAUUACUAAUGUUGACUAUAAACGGAAAGAUCCUGUAUUUUGGAUUGAAGUCCAAACAAACAGCAUAAAAUAUAAACAUCGUCGUAUUCCGAGGUAUUACAGUGAAUUAGAAAAACUCCAUGAUUACUUUGUUAGUACAUUGGAUGAUGUAUUAAUACCUGCAUUGCCUGCAUGUCCAUUAGCUAGAUUUGAUAAGCGAACAGGUGAGUUAUUGAGUAGACAAUGGUGGCUAUACAUCCAAAAUGAGCAACAAAAAUCAACUACUACUCAAAGUAAUGAGAAUGCAUUAGAAUACAAAAUUCAGCUUUGGUUGAAUAGAAUUACACAGAAUGAAAGAGUUCAAAUGUCAGAAGGCUUACGUGAAUUUGUUGAAAGUGAAGUUGGGUUUAGACCCAAUAUGCUCACAGUCAAAUCUUCAUUUUUGGCAAGAACUAGAAGUGGUCAAGUUAUGAUUCAUGCUACUGAAAGUGAUAUGGGACCUGAAUUUAGACAAUGCUUAAAAGAAUUGAACCUACUUCAUCAUAACUUAAAGCAAGUAUUGACACAGGUGAAUAAGGUUGAACAAGAACAAAGAGGUAUGACUCGAACUUAUUUGAAUUUGUCGUCUGCUUGGGUAUCUUAUGGUGGAUUAGAAAGAAGCUCAAACUUAUUUAUAUUGUAUAAAUCAAUUGCUAAAGGAUAUCAGCAAUUAUAUGACCUAAGUAAAUUUCAAGAAUUGGCUAUGAAUGACACUCUAGAGGAUGAAAUAAUUUAUCAGAUAAAAAACUGUGAAUCUACACAGAAUGCAAUGCAAAGAAGACUAAAUACUUUAUCAAUUUAUUUGUCAAGUCAAAAGUACACAGAAUCAAGCUUAAGAAGUAUGGAAAGAUUAAAGUCGUCCAUCCAUAUUGAUCGAGAUCAGGUCACUGAAGCUAUUGCCAUUUUAGAGGAUGCUCGCAUUAAUGAGAAUAACUGCAAGAUCCGUUUUGAAAGAAUUAACACAAACUUGCAAAAUGAUAUUGAAGCUUAUUACAAACCGAAUAGUACUCAAGAUCUUUUAAAAUCUAUCAAGAUAUAUGCAAAAAGUCAGCUCUAUCUAGAAAAGAAAAAAUUGCUGGUUCUUGAAAAUAUGAUCAAAAGUUGAAAUAUGUGAUACAUAUACACAACAUCAAAAAUUUUAUUUUUUUUUUUGUUUUAAAUAUCCGCGCUUACAAAUAAU